AUGGCACAGGCUCAUGGAUAUUCCUCAUAUACUACACCCAUCCCGAAAGAAGCAUACGAUAAGUUCGACGAGGUGGAUAACUGGAUCUGCGAUUCCUUGGUCCCGCAAGAUGCUGGCCUAGAGAGCACCCUCAAAACCCAUGGUGGAUCCGUUCUUGACCCCAUCAAUGUCCACCCCAACCAAGGCAAACUGCUCUAUCUCCUGGCAAAAAUGAACAAUGCCAAACGCAUCCUAGAAGUCGGAACUCUAGGCGGCUACUCAGCGAUCUGGCUAGCCAAGGCCCUGCCCUCAGGUGGAAAGGUCAUAACCCUCGAGCUUGACCCCAAGUCAGCUGCCGUCGCGGAAUCUAACAUCAAGAACGCGGGGUUUGAGGAUAAAGUCGAGGUCAGAGUUGGACCAGCUCUCGAGACUUUGGAGAAGAUGAGCAAGGGAGGGGAGGAAAAGUUUGAUUUGGUGUUUAUUGAUGCGGAUAAGGAAAAUAAUCCUGGGUAUUUCAAGCGGGCGCUGGAGUUUAGUAGGGCUGGGACGUUGAUUGUGGUUGAUAAUGUGGUGAGGCGGGGAAGGGUUGUGGAUGCGGGGUCCGAGGACCCUAAUGUUCUAGGGAUUAGGAAGCUCUUUGAGAUGUUUAAGAAUGAGAAGAGGGUUGAGACUACGGCUAUUCAGACUGUUGGCGGGAAAGGAUGGGAUGGCCUUGCCUUUGCCUUAGUUGUAGAGUAG